AACAUGAUACCUUCACCAAUACGUGACUCGAUCGUAGGAUCAUGUGUAAAUGUCAUUACCUUGAAGGUAAAGGAAUCAGAAGUUGGCUUCCCCAUAAAAGUUUUUGGUACCGUUGUAGCAAGAGACCAGGUCGACUAUAAAUGUGUUUAUCUCUUUAGGCGUGAAAGGGAUGAUCCCCAACUCAUCACCUCGGCGGUAUGUAUUUGUUUGUGCCUCCAAUCUUUUCCUAUGCUUAUGUAUAGCUGGAUCCAAAACACAUGGAAAGAUUAUUUUGGUUGAAUUUUCUUUUUGCAGGAUGGCAAGUUAACUUUGAUGGAUCCAUGUCGAGGGCUUGUUCCGGCGGACAGAAUAUAUUUUGAGAUGAAUUUAAAGAUACUCCGUGAUGGAGGUGAGGUUGAAGAUUUCAGCAAAGGUGUGAUCGUUUUCAACCGGGCCCGCCUCCCUAAUGAUAAGCAGACCAUGGGUGUGAGUCUAAAUAGCUAUCUGAGUAGGAUGGAAGUGAGAUGUGCGUAUGUUGUAUAUCCCAUUGAAGCUACCAUUGAAGUCAAUAUUUUGAAGGGACCGUGUAGUGUCUCAAGAGUUGCCGCCUGGACUACCAAGAAUUAUGAGUAUAGUAUGGAUCUUUACAACGGUGGUGAAGCAGCAGCAGAGAUUGAGGCAGGAGGGACCGUUCCCUUGAGUCGUCGCGUUGUAGCUGUCCCACUUGGUAGAAAGUUGGUGCUCCUUGUCACCGGUCGUAGCGUUGGUGAUGUUUUUGAUCAAAACAUCAUCGCACCUUUAGGACGAUCAACUGAGUUGAUGCAUUAUAAAUUAGGAUCCGCACUUGUGGAGGUGAAACUUGUCUGGACAGCUGUUCCCAGACGCGAGAGACAAGAUAUGAUCAAGGAUGUGGGAGACGAGAGCCUUUUGAUGUGA